GUUUUUGAAAGAAACUGAAUGUUAAUUUGUGUUGGGUGAUGCACAACUGCUCAAUUGCUGUUUGUUGACAUAAACUAAAACAACCACAAAGCGCGUAAAACUGUACCAACGAGAGUGUCUCUCUUAUAUGCACGUUUUUUGAUGUUUUCCGUGGUCACCAGGCCUCCCCCUACCAAAGCCUUCAACUUGCUGAUAAUAACCAAACGCUUGCGCCACUAUUAUCGCAGCAUGGACUGCACGGAGCUGCUGCCGCCUGCCUCGGUGCGCGGCAUGACUGUGCUGCAGCGCGCGGAGUUUCAAAAACGCGUGCAAAUUCCCAGGCUGAGAGUGCCCGAAUCGCAGGUGCAGCGUGUGAUUCCGCUGGUGAAAAAGCUGCUGCUCAAAAUGGAGCAUCUGCAGCCGGUGCGUGCCUUAGAAAAUGAGCGUGAAAUUCUGUUGCAUCCAUUGCCCGUCAAGAGCUGGCAAUCGCUGCCAACUGCGGAGCUGGAGCAGCAGCAGGUGACGUCAGAGAAUUUCUGCCACGCGGAGCUCGAGCUGAGCUACGAGAAUUGGAGCGCCAAUGAAAUAUUGAAGAGCGUCCUGCCAGCUGACGAGGAGGGACUCUCCUCCUUUUCACGCAUUGGCCAUAUUGUGCACUUGAACCUGCGCGAUCAUCUGCUGCCCUACAAACAGCUCAUUGGAGAGGUGCUGCGCGACAAGCUGCCCAACUGCCGCACCGUGGUCAACAAGGCAGCCUCCAUUGACAACACCUACCGCAACUUUCAGCUGGAGCUAAUAUGCGGAGAGCCGGAGUAUCAGGUGGAGACCAAAGAGAACGGCAUACCCUUUGAGUUUGACUUUUCCAAGGUGUAUUGGAAUCCACGUCUGUCCACCGAGCACGAGCGCAUUGUCAAGCUGCUGCAGCCAAACGAUGUCCUGUACGAUGUUUUUGCUGGCGUUGGCCCUUUCAGCGUACCAGCAGCCAAGAAGCGCUGCCAGGUGCUGGCCAACGAUCUAAAUCCCGUCAGCUAUCACUGGCUGCAGCACAAUGCCAAGCGCAACAAGUGUCUGGCGCACAUCAAGAUGUACAACAAGGACGGCCGGGAGUUUAUACUCCAGGAGCUGCGUGAGGAUUUGCUGGAGCGUUGGCGCACCCCAGCAGCCACGCCCUAUAGUAUCCAUAUUACCAUGAAUCUUCCGGCAAUGGCUGUUGAAUUUCUGGAUGCAUUUCGCGGCUUGUACACAGUUGAAGAGCUGGCCGAGCUGCCAGCGAGCCUCAACUAUCCGCAAGUGCAUGUUUAUUCCUUUGCCAAGGGAGAGAACACCAAGAUCCUGGUGCAGCAGCUGGUGGAAAGCAAUCUGGGCGCAGUGUUGGGCGACGAGCUGCAGUGCAUCAGUUUUGUGCGCAAUGUGGCGCCCAACAAGGAUAUGUACAGAGUAACCUUCAGCCUGAACCGAACGCUGCUGACCACAUCAAAGCAGACAUUGCGCAAGCGUCCCUGUCCUGCAGAGGAGGAGGAGGAGAAGGAACACGUAGCGACAGCAGCAGCCACAAAAGUGAAAUGUGUUUGAUCAAAUGAACAAUAAAGUUUUUAUGUACAAAAAAAACGCGUUU